AUGCCAGAACAGCCAGCUGCCCACGACUUGUAUGCCGCACCAGUUGUCGAGACAACGCCUCUACCAGAGCAGCCAGCUGCUGACUUGCUGUCCCGAUAUGACUGUACCAGUGUUCGAGACACAUCCCUACCAGGACGGCCAGCUGCUGACGCCGUACCACCGCAGCCUGAGACGACCCCGCUGCCAGAGCAGCCAGCUGCCCGCGACUUGUAUGCCGCACCAGUUGUCGAGACAACGCCUCUACCAGAGCAGCCAGCUGCUGACGUUGUGGCACCGCAGCCUGAUACGACGCCAUUGCCAAAGCAGCCAGUUGCUGCUCCCGGAUAUGAUGUACCAGUGUUCGAGACAACACCGCUACCAGGACGGCCAGCUGCUGACGCCGUACCACCGCAACCUGAGACGACCCCGCUGCCAGAGCAGCCAGCUGCCCGCGACUUGUAUGCCGCACCAGUUGUCGAGACAACGCCUCUACCAGAGCAGCCAGCUGCUGACGUUGUAGCACAGCAGCCUGAUACGACGCCAUUGCCAAAGCAGCCAGUUGUUGCUCCCGGAUAUGCUGCACCAGUGGUCGAGACAACACCGCUACCAGAACAGCCUGAGACAGCCCCCUUGCAAGAGCAGCCAGCUGCUGACGCUAGAUAUGCUGCACCAUCAGUAGAGACGACGCCCUACUAG